GAAAUAAUUUUAUACAGACAGGGUAUGAGAGCGGGGCCUUAUAUGUGUGUACUAACAUCGUAUCGUUGUGGACACGCAGUCAGUAAUUCGUGCAGCUUCAUGUUGUACUCUUAUAUCAAAAGUAAUUCUGGCUAAACCGGCUAGCCGUUGAAAAGAGAUACGAUUGAUUUGUUUUACAGCUGAUUGUUGCCGUGUAACCUCCGCAAUGGCUUCUGCUAUAUUUGCUACUUCGAGGAUCGUAAGACGAUUGAAGUACGGUUGUCAAAGAACUUAUUCAGAUGGUGCCUUUCCGAAAAUCACAACUCACUACACGGUGGUUCCCCGUGAAAGUGAUCCAAGGUGGAAAGAUAUCAAUAUGGAAAGGUACGUCGACGAGACGGACAUCCUGAUAGUCGGCGGGGGUCCAGCUGGUAUGUCAGCAGCAAUUCAAGCGCGCAAACUUGCAGAGAAGCACGGCAAGGAGCUGCGAGUGACACUUGUUGAAAAAGCCUCAACUGUUGGAGGACACAUUCUCAGUGGUGCAUGCAUAGAUCCUAUAGCUCUACAGGAACUCUUCCCCAACUGGAAGGAACUUGGGGCACCUCUUCAUACUCCGGUCACCACUGAUAAAUUUGCAUUGCUUACGGAGAGCGGCAGGAUACCCAUUCCCAUUUUUAAAGGAAUGCCUAUGUAUAACCAUGGCAAUUACGUCGUCAGGUUGGGCCACUUAGUAACAUGGCUUGGUGAACAGGCGGAAGCUGUAGGAGUCGAGUUGUAUCCUGGUUAUGCUGGCUCAGAAAUUCUGUACCAUGAUGACGGUUCUGUUAAAGGCAUUGCAACGAAUGACGUGGGAAUAGCCAAAGAUGGUUCACCUAAAGAUACCUUCGAACGUGGCAUGGAAUUGCAUGCCAAGUGCACAAUUUUCGCUGAGGGAUGUCAUGGACAUUUGACAAAACAAAUUUCCAAAAAGUUCAACCUACGGGAAAAUUGCGAGCCUCAAACAUAUGGCAUUGGAUUAAAAGAGAUCUGGGAAAUCGAUAAAUCCAAACAUUCUCCUGGAACUGUUGAGCAUACUAUCGGCUGGCCUUUGAAUAAGAAUACCUAUGGAGGGUCAUUUUUAUAUCAUUUAAAUGAAGAGACGCCAUUAAUUGCGAUUGGAUUUGUUGUUGGAUUAGAUUACACGAAUCCAUACUUAAGCCCAUUUAAAGAGUUUCAGAAGUUUAAACAUCAUCCAUCAAUAAGGCCAACUCUAGAAGGUGGUAAAAGGAUAGCUUAUGGUGCCAGAGCUUUAGUAGAAGGAGGUUUUCAAUCAAUUCCAAAGUUACAGUUCCCUGGCGGCUGUCUUAUUGGUUGUACAGCCGGCUUUUUGAAUGUACCAAAAAUCAAAGGUACACACAACGCCAUGAAAAGUGGAAUGUUAGCCGCUGAAAGUGCGAUCGAGGCUAUCAUCGAGGCGGAGACGUCCCCGUCUAAAACCAAGAGCCUGGAGCCAAAGUCAUACACUGAUAAAAUCAAAAAUAGUUGGAUUUGGAAGGAACUAAAGGCUGUGAGAAACUUUAGACCCAGUUUUCAUUCACCUUUGGGGUUGUACGGUGGUCUAACAUACUCUGGUUUCUCGAUGCUCGUGGGAGGUCGAGAACCUUGGACUUUAUCUCAUGGAGGUCCUGAUAAUAAGCGAUUGAAGCCAGCAGCAGAAUGUACGCUAAUCGAAUAUCCCAAACCAGACAAUGUCGUUUCUUUUGAUUUGUUGUCAUCAGUAGCCUUAACUGGCACAAAUCAUGAAGCAGAUCAACCAGCUCAUCUAACGUUAAUGGACGAUACAGUCCCGGUCAAGAAUAACUUGGCGGUUUAUGAUGGCCCAGAAGGAAGAUUUUGCCCUGCCGGUGUAUACGAGUUUGUGCCAUUAGAAGAAGGUAGCGGGCAAAGGUUACAAAUAAAUGCGCAAAAUUGUAUUCAUUGCAAAACUUGUGAUAUAAAAGAUCCUAGUCAAAAUAUUAAUUGGGUUGUUCCUGAAGGAGGUGGCGGACCAGCAUAUAAUGGAAUGUAAAUGAUGCUAACUUCUUUUUCAAGGUGCUUCCUGUUAAAUUGUUGACAUUUUCAUUUUUACGUAAAAUUUAAUUGUAAAUAACAUAUCAUAUACAAACUACUUUCCGAUAUUUCGAUAGGAUUUUUUCACGAAUACAUGUGUAAAUAAUAUAUUAUACAAAUUACUUCUGGAUAUCUGGUAGGAUUUUUUUCAUGAAUAUAUAUGUAUAAAAAUAUUGUAUCGUUUUUUAUCUAACAAAUUUCUGAAAGCUUCAACGUGAAAUGACCGUAUUUUUUUAUAAAUAUGGUUUAAAAAUAAGUAAUGGUAAUUUCAAAUUGUGUUAGCAAAUUUACAAUAUUUAUAUAAUUUUACAUAAGUUUUCACAUUAACUAUUACCAAAAUUCGUAAUGUUAUUAGUUUUGUAGGUACUGAUUCUCUUUGUAUGUACAUAGUAUUAUAUUUUAUCCAUUUUUAUACGUAAAGAAAACUGGUAAAAACUUUGUAAGCAUCAAUUAAAGUGUAAGCUAAUUAUAAGUUAUUGAAAUACUACCAUACAACUGUUUCUUCGUGAAAAUUGCAAGCGUAUCAAUGCAAAUUAUUAGCAAUGCCAUAUGAAUAAAAGUCUAUGAUGAUAGAUUUGCAGGAUUUUUGGCGUGUAGAGCAUAUUUUUUUAACAAUAACUGUAUAUUACUAAUACAUGCCUUUAUUAUAUAUAUAUAAUAUGCUGAACUUGAUAAAUAUAAUAUAACUAAAUAAUGUUGAACUUCAUGAACAUAUAAUUAUAAGGAUAAAUGCGACUUCUAAAACGAAACAUAUUUUGCUAUAAAUGUAUACAUGUUACUUGUAAUUGAAAGGUUUGUAAAAACUUGAAUUAAAAAAAAAUCUUUACAGAAAUCGCUAUUCUUAACUUUUAAUAUUAUUUUUAGAGUAGAUCAUAAUAUGUUCUCAUUAUUUUUAUAAUGCUUUAUAAAUAAGUGGAAAUUAAAGUUAUCAAUGGGUGUAUGAAAAGCAAAUAAUUAUACUUUUUAUUUUGAGAGAUCCAUAAAAUAUACCGGUUUACACAAUUACUGUCUGACAGAUACAGUCAAAAUUUAACAUAGACAUUUUUUAUAGUUAUGCACCAGUACAAAAGAAUAGUAAAAGAAAAAUAAAAGUUUUAAUUAUACUUAAAAGUCUAAAGUUAGUGGGAUCGUUUUACUUCACGUUCCUUUGUAAUAAAAAACAUCCAAAUUUGUUAUGAAAGAGUGCACAGUAUGUACGUACAUUUUCUGCGUAAAGUUAUUUAUUCAAAGACUGAUAUCUUUACAAAAAAUACUUUUCAUUGUUUUACUAUUCAUUGUUUUUACAACUUCGAUAGUUAAAUUCGCAGAUUUGAGAGUUUUAGAAUAUUGUUUGCAUGCUUAUUAAUUAUUAAGUGAUAUUGAAUAAUCACUUCUAAUAUAACUUAAAUUUUC